AUGCCAAGUGGCAUAUCUUUCUAUACUAAUGAUACCUCGCUGGACCCCAUUAACACGAUCUUUUCUUCUCUCAUUCUACUAUGUUGUACGGCUGUUCCAGCUUGGGCAGCACCUGGUGCUCACAACCACGGCGCGGAUCUUCCUGUGACCAGCGUUGUCAACUUCCUCGAGGGACCGGCCGCGACCGAUCGAACUGCGAUUAUUCCAAGGAAUCCACCAGAAACCAGGUCUACGCCGCCUCACUACGAUAUUCCAAAUCCCGAAUGUACCUACGAUGGUGCAGCAUUUGCCCAGCCAUUAGCUGAAAGAUACAUUCAUGGAUUCUGCAGCCAGCAGGGUUUCUUGUAUUACAUCUUCGCUCCUUUCAUCUCAUUCGGACUUACGCACACGAGUGAUGGCCGCCCAAAAACUCCGGCUAUGGGAGUGGGUUACGGCGCCGGCCUGCGGAUAUGGCUAUUGCUCAUGUUUAUUCACGAAUCUUGCUUAGGGUUCUUCCGAUUUACCCUCAGGAAUACCGCUGAGGAGAAGCGAGACUAUUGCAAGAGCCGCUUCCUAACCAUACUGAACGGCUGUGGAACGGAUACCAUCACUGCAAAGAAAGGGGGCAGGCUGGUUGAAGGGUGCCGGGUAUACCGUAUGGUCUCCGCCACGGAUAGUCCUUUCACUGAUGACGAGUUGUCUAAGGAUCGAGGAGAGGUUCAGUGCAAAGACACAGAUACAAAAGACAAGAGCUUCAAGGAAACGUGUACGUGUUGGUACGCUGGGUAUCCUGGGCUCACUGAUAUCUUCGAGCGACCAGCGAGUAAAUUGUGCAAGCCUGGGGAUGUUGACUUGAAGAAAUUAGUCAAUAAUUGA